AUGGAACAACCGCAAGGUUGUGUGAACCCUGCCUUUCCCCACCAUGUCUGCAAAAUACACAAAGCUUUGUAUGGCCUCAAGCAGGCUCCUCGGGCUUGGUACACCCGCCUCUCUCAAACUCUCUUAGAAAUUGGCUUCUCUAGCUCUAAAGUGAACCCUUCUUUAUUUUUAUAUCACUCUAAUGCUUCUCAUGUUUUCCUUCGAGUGUAUGUGGAUGAUAUUAUUGUUAUAGGUAAUCAUAUGGCCACCAUCCAAACCAUCAUCACGAAGUUACAGGCUAACUUUGCCAUCAAAGACCUCGGCUCCCUCUCCUACUUCCUUGGCAUCCAAAUCUCACGGGAUUCAACCAGACUCCACUUGCGGCAAUCCAAGUACAUUCAGGACCUCCUUACCCGCACCAGCAUGGUUGAUUCCAAGCCAUACCGCACUCCAUGCACCACCGGAUCCAAAAUGUCCAAGUUUGAUGGCGAUGCUCUUCCCAAUCCCUCUGAUUACCGCCAGAUUGUUGGAGCUCUACAAUAUGCUACUCUCACUCGUCCAGACAUCACCUACUCCGUCAACCAACUCUAUCAGCACAUGCACAGCCCCACAUCCACUCACUGGACAACAGCUAAGCGAGUUCUUCGUAACCUCAAAGGCACUAUUGACUUUGGUCUUCACUACACUCCAGGAUCACUCCACCUCUCAGGGUUCUGUGACUCUAACUGGGCCGGAAACCCCAACGACUGCCGCUCCACCACUGGAUUUGGCAUCUUCCUCGGCUCCAAUCUCAUAUCAUGGUCUGCCAAAAAGCAGCACGUUGUCUCCCGCUCCAGCACCGAAGCCGAGUACCGUGCAAUGGCCCUUACAACUUCAGAACUUUACUGGCUCCGUAUGCUAUUCCAAGAACUACAAGUAUCUCUUCCAUCUCCACCAACCAUCUAG